AUGGCUGGUGACAAGAAGAGGAAGCGCACCGACAACCACGCGACCCAACCUGGCACCUUUGAACAGGACACAUCGAAACCGACAGCCGUCUUCACACCUUCUGGACCACGCACAUCAACUUUGUCCGUCGCUUUGCCUGGAAGCAUCAUUGCCAAUGCCAAGUCUCACGACCAGAAGACGUACCUGGCUGGUACCCUUGCUCGCGCUUUCGCCGUCUUCUCUGUCGACGAAGUAGUCAUCUUUGACGAUCAGCCUACCUCCAGCAACCAUGAUUCCGAGCAUCGCAAACAACGGCAGCGGCGCUCACAUGCUGACGACGAAGAAGGCUACACUGCUUUGUCCGAUCCGGCACACUUUCUGAUUCAUAUCCUUUCAUAUCUCGAAACGCCACCUCACCUCCGGAAAACGCUCUUUGAGAUGCAUCCGAAUCUGCGGACUGCCGGCACGCUACCAAGUCUCGAUAUGCCGCACCACCUGAGGUCGAACGAGUGGUGUCCCUAUAGAGAAGGUGUGACUACCAGAUCGGAUAGCAAGGGGACGAUGGUGGAUGUAGGUCUGGGAGACGACUAUCUGCUGCCGGGAGUGCAGAUUCCAAUCAAGACGAGAGUCACUGUGCGGUUGCCAGAAGAUGACCAGACAGUGGAGGCGGAAGCUGUUGCGCCGGACGUCCCUCGAGAGGAAGGAGGAUUUUACUGGGGCUACACACUGAGGAGGGCGGACAGUCUCAGUGCAGUGUUUACGGAGUCUACGUACGAUGGGGGCUACGACGUGAGUUUCGGGACGUCAGAAAGGGGUAAGCCUGUCACGCAGCUUGAUGCGGAGGCGAUACCGAAGUACAGCCAUAUGCUGGUCGUGUUCGGUGGUGUCGCCGGCCUCGAGACUGCGGCGAGGAAUGACACGGCUUUGGAGGGCAAGGGCAUCAGUGGUGCUAACGUGAAUGAGUUGUUUGACUACUGGAUCAACCUUGUGCCAGGACAAGGCAGUCGUACCAUCAGGACAGAGGAGGCUGUAUGGUGCGGCUUGAUGGGGUUGAAGAGCAUUGCGGAUUCGCGGCGAGCAUAG